CAAACAUCAGUCCGCACCGAGAUUCCGGAGCGAAGUGUCGUUGUUGUCGCGUUGUUACAAGUUAUAGAUGGAUGUCGCCGAUUUACAAUAUCAUUACUGCACUUCAUGUCGUUGCGCUUGUCCCAUUCCUCGUGGAAGGGCGGCGAACGAGAAAUUUGGACAUUCUUGGCAGUGCAUCGAAUCACCAUAUGCUGCCACUGGAUGCGACGGCGGACGAUUACAGAAAUUUUGCAGAUGAUUCUAUGCCGACAUUUGCUGAAACAAUAUCGAACGUGACUGUCAGCCUUGGGCGAGAUGCUUUGCUCGCUUGUGUCGUUGAUAAUCUCAAACGUUACCAGGUCGCAUGGGUGAGAGUCGAUACUCAGACAAUAUUAUCAAUUCAUGACAAUGUAAUUACACAAAAUCCCAGAAUAUCAUUAUCAUACAAUGAUCAUAGAUCUUGGUAUCUUCACAUAAAAAGAGUACAAGAAGUCGAUAGAGGAUGGUACAUGUGUCAAGUCAAUACAGAUCCAAUGAGAAGUCUUCAGGGAUAUCUUCAAGUAGUAGUACCACCAAGAAUAAUUGCAAAAGAGACAAGUACAGAUAUGGUAGUGAGAGAAGCUUCGAACGUGACACUGGUCUGCAAAGCAGCCGGAUAUCCGGAACCCUACGUCAUGUGGCGACGAGAGGACGGUACUAACAUAAAUUACAAUGGUGAAAGUGUAAACGUCGUCAAUGGUGAAAUACUUCAUAUUAUAAAAAUCAGCAGACUACAUAUGGGAGCUUAUUUAUGCAUAGCAAGCAACGAAGUACCACCAUCCGUCAGUGCUCGUGUAGACGUACGUGUGCAAUUUCCACCAAUGCUGUCAAUUCCCAAUCAGUUGGAGGGAGCUUACAUUGGUCAGGACGUGACCCUGGAAUGUCACACCGAGGCUUAUCCAACUUCGAUAAACUACUGGACAACAGAGGCUGGUGACAUGAUUGUCUCUGAUUAUUACCAUUCGAUUGCAGGUGACAAGUACGAGGCACUUUAUACUGAUAGUGGUUACAACAAAUAUAUGAUGUUGAAAAUACGUAAUGUUGGACCCAAGGAUUUUGGAUCAUACAAAUGUGUCGCUCAAAAUUCAUUGGGUGGAACUGAUGGUGUCAUUAAAUUAGACGAAAUUCCAGCUCCGUCAACCACUACAACACAAGCUUCCUAUCACGUAACACUGAUGAAAAAAAAUGGGAGAAAUGGCAACAAAAAAUAUCGACAACGGCCAAACGAUUACGAAGUUGAAGAAUGGCGAGACGCUGAUUACGAGAGAGACUAUGAUUCAACAAAGAGGCCGGGUGUCGACGAAGAUGUCCCAAGCUUAGGGACUAGUCUAAACCCAAAGGCACUACUUGCACUACUACUUGUACCACUUGUUUAUUUUGUUGCAAGAAGAUGAUUCUUGGGCCAUGGACGAGUCUUCCAGAGUUCCAGUUAGUAUUUAAUGGACACGAACGUGAGGUACGUACUGCGUGAUGUAAAUGUGUGAAAAAUUAAAAAAAAAAUAAAUAAAUAUUGCGGCCUCAAAAUUAUCACACAUUUUUUUCUCUUAUAUAUUCAUGAAUGAAAAAAAAAAUGAAUGUGUCAUUAAACGCGCUCCAUUUGUGUAUAAUGAUCGUGAUUAAAAUUAUUUUCAUACGAAAAUUAAAGAAAAUGAUAAAAAAUUAAUUAUUAAUAAUUAAGUAUUGUGUAAUUAUGUGCAAGUGAAAAUACAUAAAGUUGUGAGAAUUGAUAAAUAAGUUGAGUAUUUAAAUAUGAUUUAUAUACAGAGCCAUUUAUUUAUAAAAAUUAAAAAACAAUAUAAAUAAUAAUAUAUUAUUUAAAAAAAUAAGAAAAUAAAUAUAUAUAUAUAGUAAAACUGUUCAUAAUUUAAAAAAAAUAAAAAUAGAAAAAAAAAAAAAGAAUGGAUUGUAUAGAUAUUUUGCGUAGUUGCUAAGUAAGUAUUUAAAAGUGCGUGCCCAUGACGUCAUUAUGGUCAAAAUAUUUACGUAAUGGAAUAAUAAUAAAAUUAAUAAUAAUAAUGAUAAUAUUAAAAUAAUAAUAAUAAUAAUUAAUAAUAAUAACAAAAAUAUAUGUUAUUGAAAAUGUCAGGCGCAUCAUUUUCCGUGAUAAAUUUUUGAAUAGAAAAAAAAAUUUAUUUUGUGAUGUUAUUGAAUUACCACACUAUAUAAAAAAAUUAUUACUUCCAUAAUUCCACACGUUUCUUUAUACAUAUAUACAUUUUUUUUUGAAAAAAUUUAUUUAACAUUUAUUUAUUAAUUUUAAAUUAUUUUCUUUCAAUUUUCUAUUGACAAAAAAAAAAUGUUAUUUUUGAAAAAAAAAUUGUAGGCACUCGUGGACGCACGUAAAUAAAUAAAAGUAUAUGAAAAUGUGCAAGUGCAUUUUAAGUAACGAAAGUCACUACAUAAAAAAUCCUUGAGAAAAAUAAAUAAUGGCAUAUACAUAUUUUUUUUGUGCUUUUUUUUAUAAAUGCACAAGUUGAAAGAAAUUUUUUAUUUUAUUUUUUUAAAAAAGAAAUUCAGAAUUAUGUCGAAAAUUUUGCAGACAAGAUAGGUAAAUAAAUAAAAUCUUGAUAUGAUUUCAUUUAUUAUUUAUUUCUUUUAAAGAAAUAAAAAUAUACAUUGCAAUUAAGUCACGUGAAAAAUAUAUAAAAAUUUUUAUGUAUGAUUUAAGAAAAGUCAAGAGAAUAAAAACUAAAAAAAUAAUAUCAUUGUGAUUGGUGUCAUCCAGAGUCAUGAUGCAACUUUUGCAUUAUUUAUAUAUUUAUUUAAUUUUUAUUUUAUUAUUUAUCAAUGUGUCAAGUUCAGUUAUAAUAUGCAUUAACAAUCAACUUUUCAAAUGUAAAAUUUAAUACAUUGACUUUCGUGAAAAAUGCAUGUAUUACGUACUUUUAGGGGAAAACAUGGCGCUGCGCUGUAAUCGCUUUAUGAUGGCUUUAUUCUGUUUUAAAUCUCAUCUACUUGGUCCGGAAAUUUCUAUACAGAUUAUAAAAACAAAAAUAUUAAUUAAAAAAAUUUAUAAUAAUAAUAAUAAUAAUAUAAUAUAAUGAAAUAUAAAAUGUAAAUAUUUUAAUUAGUCAAAUUGAAAUAAAGAUAAUUUUUCAUUUUCCAUAUUUUACAUGAUUCAACUUCAGUGUUGAAAAUCUAGUCAAAAUUAAAAAAAGAAAAAUAACAUUAUUGUAGAAAAAUUGUAGCUAUGUCUUUGUUGUAAUUGUUAAUAAAAAAAAAAUUAUGUGAAUAAUUUAAAUUAAAAUCUAAAAAAAAAAAAAGA